CCUAAAACGCGUUUUCUGUUUAUUUUGGAAAAAGAAAGAAUGUGGGCUAUAUUUGCCCAUUUCCAUACAUUGUCUAAGAACUUGAAAGAAGCUAAGUAUUUUACUUUAGUCUCCAUAAUUUUUAAUUUUCAAUUUAUAAAAAAAAAAAAACCAGUUCAGCCCCCCCUCUCUCUUUUUCACUUUUGAAUUAUUUUCUUCUUUUUUUCCAUUGUUUUUUUUCUUUUUUCGGUUCAUGCAUAGGCAUCAUUUAUCGAGUUGAGAAAACAGAGCUAGUGAGUAUAGUUAGCGAUGGGAAAUUGCUGCUCGGACGUUGGCGGCGGGAUGACGGCUAUAGGUGGCACCGCCCCGUCGACUUCCACUAGCAACCAAAACGACGCUGCUGAUUGGUAUUUCAAGUCUCAUGGCAUACACGGCAUCUUCUCUCAGAUCGAGUUAUCGUUUUCUGCUACGAGUUUGCGAGACCGGGAUGUGUUCUCCAAGGUAUAGUGAUCCUAUGGUGGUGGUUUAUAUUCAAGAAAGAGAUGGAGCAUUUACAGAAGUAUUUCGUACUGAAGUAGUUCUGAAUUCAUUGAAUCCUACAUGGAUAACAAAGUAUACAAUUACUUACCAAUUUGAGAUUGUCCAAAUAUUGCUGUUUCGUGUCUUUGAUAUUGACACUCAGUUUCAUAAUGUCGAAGUAAAGAUGCUUAAGCUGGAGGAGCAGCAAUCUCUAGGUGAAGCAAGUUGUGCAUUGUCAGAGAUUGUAAGCAAACCAAACAGGUCAUUAAUCUUGGAUCUUGUACAAAGGGAGGAAUCUGUCCCAUCAACUCAUUCCCAACACCGAGGAAAGCUUACUGUGCAUGCUGAAGAAUGUUUUAGCUCAAAGACUACAGCAGAGAUGACGUUAAAGUGUUUAAAUUUGGAAUCUAAGGAUCUCUUCUCAAAAAGCGAUCCUUUUUUGGUAAUAUCAAAAGUCGUUGAGAGUGGAAUGUCUAUUCCUGUCUGUAAAACUGAAGUCUCAAAGAAUGAUCUCAACCCAACAUGGAAGCCGGUAUUUUUAAAUAUUCAACAAGUGGGAAGCAAGGAUAGUCCAUUAGUGAUAGAGUGUUUUAACUUCAACAGCAAUGGCAAACACGAUCUGAUUGGAAAAGUCCAGAAGUCAUUAGCAGAUUUGGAAAAGCUUCAUACUGGAAGGGAAGGAGAAAAUUUAUUUUUGCCAACUCCGGUUGGGCAUGAUAACCAGAACAAGGCUUUAAAAAGCAAGCUUUUUGUGGAAAAAUAUUCUGAGACAGUCCAAUAUACCUUCCUGGAUUACCUAGCUGCGGGUUUUGAACUUAACUUUAUGGUUGCUAUUGAUUUCACUGCUUCAAACGGAAAUCCCCGGCUCCCAGAUUCCUUGCAUUACAUUGAUCCAUCAGGACGGCUGAAUGCAUACCAGAAAGCAAUCUAUGAGGUCGGAGAGGUAUUGCAGUUUUAUGAUGCAGACAAGCGCUUUCCAGCUUGGGGAUUUGGAGCACGGCCCAUUGAUGGUCCAGUUUCUCACUGUUUCAACUUGAAUGGAAGCAGUAACUACUGUGAGGUUGAAGGAAUUCGAGGAAUUAUGAUGGCCUACACCAGUGCCCUUUUUAAUGUGUCACUUGCAGGGCCAACACUGUUUGGGCAUGUGAUUAAUAGAGCUGCUAUGAUUGCCAGCCAAUCCCUGGCAAAUGAUGCUAAAAAAUACUUUGUUUUGUUGAUAAUCACGGAUGGGGUAAUAACUGAUCUCCAAGAAACCAAAGAUGCCCUUGUAAAAGCAUCGGAUCUCCCAUUGUCUAUUCUCAUAGUUGGUGUUGGAGGAGCCGACUUCAAAGAAAUGGAGAUUUUGGAUGCAGACAAGGGGGAAAGACUAGAAAGUUCAACCGGACGUGUUGCUUCCCGUGAUAUCGUUCAAUUUGUUCCAUUUAGAGAUGUACAAAACGGGCCUUCUGUUGUUCAAGAACUUCUAGCAGAGUUACCAUCACAAUUUUUAGCCUACAUGCGAAGUAGAGAGAUUAAACCAUGCAGUUAGAUUUUUAUACAGAAUGUACAUAUCAAAAUUAUUGUUCGAGUUUGCCUCUUAUAAGUUGUAAAUGCUACGGUGGCAUAGCAAUGCUUAAACUUGCCUUGAAAGAGCCAACAGAAUCUAUUGGCAUUAUGACGGUAGAUUGAAGAUUAAUCAGUCGACCAAAAAUCACAGGGCUGUCGGUAAAUUGUUUGUCAUAUCCAUCGUCCACAAUGGGUUGUACAGAGACGGAUUUACAAUGACUGCAACCAAUGAAAGAGGGGGCAAAACCAAUGGGAAAUUGUUUGGCAUUGUUUGUGACUAUACCAUUUUUUUCCUUUUAAUAAUGAUUGGCUGUUUUUGGAACAA